GAGAGCGGGCGGGGGGAUGAGGCGACGGGCCCCUCCAUAACCCAUGUACCCCCCCCUCAGCCCCUGACGAGAGCGGCUGCUCGGACGAGUUUGCCCUGGACUGCACUUUCGCUGCCUGCGACCCCGAGCGAACAGGGCUGGUGCAGCCGCAGCGGGUGGUCGAGUACGUGGCAGCGAUGACGGGGCACAGUGGGCACGAUGGGCGGCUGCAGGCGCUGCGGCAGGCGCUGGAUCCUGCGGCCACAGGGACGGCACUGGACCGGAUUCGUUUCCGCACAGCUAUGGGCGCCUGGAUCGCAGCGUGCCGGCAGGACGGGUCAGUGCCGAGAGAUGGGGCAGCGCCUGGGGCUGGCUGGACCGGUCAGUAGUGCUGACCCAUGGCUCUGUCCAUGCAGAGCCGAGCAGCAGGACGUGGCGACUGGUGACACUGGAUCAGUGCUGGAGGAGGAUGACGGACACGCGCUCCCAGCAGCCGCCCAGCUCCAGGGUGACAACAUAGACAUCACCACCCACAGUGCCGAGGCCGCAGGGCUGCGGAGCCGUGCCCGGCAACUGGCAGCCCAGAACACCAAACUGCAGCGGGAUGCUGAGCAGGCUGAGGAGCUCAAUGCCCACCUGGCCGAGGAGAUUGCACAGCUCCAGGCGCAGCUGCGAAGCAGCCGGCAGGCACUGGAGCAGGCCAGGGUGGCCAUCGAGGAGCUGGACGAAAUUAAGGCAGUCGUGAAGGGGCUGGAGGAGGAGAACACCGAGCUCCGGCGGCAGGCACGGCACACGGAGAAGGAGCAGCACAGCCUGUGUUUGCGGGCCGAGGGUCUGCAGGAGGAGAACCAGCGGCUCCUUGCUGAGGGCCAGGGACUGCGGGAGCAGAUCCAGGCGCAGGCAGCCCGGAUGUCCAGCCUGGAGGCCCAGGUCUGCCGUGACACAGCCCUGCUCUCUGCCCGGGACACAGCCCUUGCCCAGGCAGGGCAGCGGGCACAGGAGCUAACAGCAGCACUGGAGGAUUAUGAGCGGGUAGUGCAGGAAUUGCGUCUGGAGACGACACAGCUGCGGCAGCAGCUGGGCCGGCUGCGUGACGCCUGGGCCAUGUAUGGGGGAACACAUGCAUGGGGGACAUCCUCAGGACACUCCAGAGUCCUCAGCUCAGCAUCCUCACCCUCCUCUCCCUCUCUCAGGCGCCCAUGGUGCCCACGCAGCCAGCUGACCAUCCAGGCUACGGCAGUGACAAGCCAGGGAACAGGGGACAAGGAGGAGGAGGAGGACACGGAGACAGCGCUGUUUGGAGGAGGAGGCCUGGCGGGGAGCAGUGAGGAGGUGGCAGAGGCAGUGGCCCCACAGGCGCCGUUGUCACCAUGGACACCGCUGUCACCGUGGGCUCUGGCGCUGCUGGUGCUGCUGGCCUUGCUCUACCUCCUGCCCCGCCAGUGGCCCCAGCCCCAGCUACGCUACCAGAGCCCCCCACCCCUCUGAGACCCUCCCCAGUAAA